AUGUCAUCCAACUCCGCCCAAGCAUCUUCUCAGGCGGACCAGGUCCUCCGAGACGGAUAUUCGAGAAUCUACCAGAACCACUCAGUCCUGCUGACUGGAAGCACUGGCUCUCUAGGGGGAUGUCUUUUGUAUAAACUAGCAUUACAGCUACCCACACGAAAUAUAUACGCCUUAAUCCGCGGAACGCCUGAACAAGCAAUUGCAAAAUGGAAGAAGUCUAUGCCGAGCCACAUCCAAGCCAUCCUCGCCUCAAAGAAAGUGGAAUUCGUGAUUGGCAACAUCCGAUCACCAGACUUCGGUCUCCAACCAGCCGUCCUCCAAGAACUACAAGAGAAAAUCACCCUGGUCAUCCACGCGGCAGCAAAAAUAACCCUCGACGCAAGUCCCCGGGACGCAUUCGAGAACAACUGCCUCCCAGCCCUAGAGCUCGCCCGCAUAGUCUCCCGAUUCCGCCGACUAAAGCUUCUCGUUCAGGUAUCAACCGCAUACGUGAAUAGCUUCCUCCCCGACGGCCCAGUCCUAGAGAAACUGUACAACCUUUCCAACGAAGAUGCCGAAGCAGAACUAGCAUCCGUCCUAUCCCUCGACAAGUCACCACGCACGGCAAUUUUCUCAUCCAGCUAUGCCCAAGCCAAGUAUGUAAUGGAGCGAGUCAUCCUCCAGCGGUACCCUUUACUCCCCAUUCUAAUUCUUCGUCCAACAAUCUUCGGUCAGGCUAUCCGGGACCCAUACCCACUCUACGGACUGGAAAAUUCAACACCCAUGAACAAGUUCUUCCAACUCUUCAUGGAAGACCGAGGCGCAUCACAGAUCUGGCACUCUGCAGAAGGAUAUAAAACCGGCGCGAAUAUAAUCGACGAGAUACCUGUUGACUUUGUCGCGAACGCAUGUCUUCUACAUGCUGCAGCUCGCACGACGGGAAUAAUACAAGUGGGAUCAGAACUUUACGAGCCGCUUACCUUUGACGGGUACUUGAAUAUUGUGCUCAGUAAUGCCCCACCGGCGAUCCGGAAGGAACUUCCUGAGAUUAUUUUCACGGAGGAUAGGGAUGUACCGCAGUGCUUCUUGGCGGAAAUGGUGCAGAUUGCGUCGAGGAACUGGCUGUUUGAUUGUGGGAGGUCUUAUUGGUUGAAGCAGGUUGGUGGGCCGUUGAGUAUGCGGGCUUGUAAGUCUGAGGUGGAUAGUCUGAAUCAUAAGCGGAUACAUCGGAUCUAUGGGCGGAGGCUCGAGAAGGCUCGUAUGUGA